AUGUUGUCAAGCUAACUAAAGAUAAUUUCAAAAAGCUAGUACUUGAAUCAGAUGAGCUGUGGCUAAUUGAGUUCUUUGCACCAUGGUGUGGACAUUGUCGGAGCAGUUGAUAUGACUACUGACUAAGAAGCUGGUGCCCCCUAUGGAAUCCAAGGUUUCCCAACUAUUAAAUUCUUCGGUUUCAAUAAGCAAAAGCCUAUUGCCUAUGAGAGCGGUAGAGAUGCAGAGACUAUUGUAAACUACGCCAUCGAUAAAGUAGGAUCUGAGAUUAGAAAGAGAGGAAAGGGUGCUGCCUCUAAUGACAAUAAAAAGAGUGAGAGCUCUAAGAAGUCAUCAUCCUCAGGUGGAGCAUCAGGCUCUAGUGACAAGGAUGUAGUAGUCUUGAAUGCUCAGAACUUCGAUGAAUUAGUUUUAGGUUCGAAAGAUAUCUGGUUUGUAGAAUUCUAUGCUCCUUGGUGCGGUCAUUGUAAAAAGCUUGAACCAGAAUGGAAUAUAGCUGCUACUAAGCUCAAGGGAUAGGCCAAACUUGGCAAAGUAGAUGCCACAGUUGAAGGUGAAUUAGCCUAAAGAUUUGGAGUGAAAGGAUAUCCAACAAUUAGAUAUUGGGAUUAUGGUGAGGGAAAGAAAGAUACAAAUGCUCAGGAAUACUAAAGUGGCAGAGAUGCUGAUUCUAUUGUUGCUACUGCAAAUUAACUAUUAGAGAAAGCAGAUAUUAUUCCAGAUAUUCACGAAAUUUACAAUCAAAAGGUUUAUGAUAACAACUGCUAGGGAUAAAAGAUUUGCAUUAUUACCUUCCUUCCAAAUAUUUAUGAUUCAAACGCUAAUGAAAGAUAGCUAUACAUCGAAAGAUUGUAAGCUAUUGCAAAGAAGAAUAGAAGACAUCCAUUUGUUUUCUUCUGGCUUUAGGCAGGAGAUUAAUUAGACCUAGAGAAGCAACUUAACUUAGGAUUUGGUUUCCCAGCAGUUGUAGCUAUUGCCCCAGCCAAGAAUAAAUUGGCUAUAAUGAAGGGAUCCUUUGCUGAGGAAAAACUUUCAGAUUUCCUAAAUGAUUUAAUCAAUGGAAGAGCAUCAUUGGAAGAUGUAAAGAAACCAGCUUUCAAGAAGGCUGAUAAAUGGGAUGGAAAAGACGCUCCCCCUCUUGAGUUGGGCUCAGAUGACUUAUGA